AUGUCCCGGUUCAACGUGAAGUAUCUGAGUGACGAGCUGGUGGAACAAUUCUUCUGCGCUCUCUUAGAGCAACGCAGUCUCGUCUACUUGAUUAUUGAUGGGCUUGACGAGUGCCAAAAUGAGAAGAACAUGCGAGAAACAUUGUUCUACGUCGCAACUGCACCACGUCGUGGCAUGCCGGAUUUCAAUCUGAAGUUGAAUGAGAUUGGUGACUCGUCGCCAAUCGACUUCAGUGAUAUUGACGACCGGGUUAGAUCCUGCGAUGGGAGCUUCGUCUACGCAAAAUUCCUGAUGGAUACUCUGGGUGGUGAAGGUAUCACCUGUUACGCUGAUAUUCCGAAAGUUUUGCAUGAAUUUCCACAAAGUCUCAAUGGAUAUUUCGUCCGCACUUUGCUAAAAUUAUGCGAGAAAUCGAAGAUAGAGCGAAGUCUCGUGAGACGUACCUUUAUGUUUCUCAUCGGUAGCAUCCAAUCAAUUACAUGGAGGGAGCUUCUCAAUGCCCUUGCUAUUGAGCACGGUGCGACCCAUCAUUGUAGAUACCAUGUUACGUCUAUACAAAAGAUAAAGGAGUUGUGUGGGUCCUUCGUUGUAUCCGAUCGAUCUUCCGAAGAUGAGACUUGCUGCAAGGUCAAGCUGUUCCACAAAACACUCUACGACUUUUUCCUUCAGGAUAUGGAAGACUUGCCGAUCAAUACGAGCAUUGGACAAUCUGAACCGAACAAGAUUGCGUAUUUGCGAGAAUUUUUUGUCAAUCCCACUGACGCCUCGUUGGAAAUCGGCCUCGACUGUCUAUGGUUCCUCAGAUAUGACCGCUAUAAGUCCGUUUCAAAUAUUAAGGCGCUCUUGGAUGCAAAUGAUGAGCGCGAUGCAUUCCUCAAAUAUGCAGCAACAUUCUGGUUUCAACACCUUUACGACACUUCCCCUUCCAAAGAGCUCUUUAGAGAUGUCUGCGCCUUUUUAGUGAGCUCGAACUUUUGGACGUCUGUAGGAAUACAGACCUACACUGCUCCCCAUCUUUUCUGUAGGUGCAAAGAAAAUUCGGGAUAUUUUAAAAUGUGUCUCGACGAUCCCACAAUAAGCGAAGAUGAUGGCUUGGGAGUACCUUUACCUAAAUGGCUUCGUGGAAGUCUAGUUGGGGAGAAACUUGACCAGGACUUCUGCUCCUUCUUAAGUGACUGGCAUAAAGUUCUUGCUAUUUAUCCCGGCGUUCUGGAUCAAUGUGUUUCCCUCAACAAGAUGAAGUCACAUCUUGGAGCUCAUCCUGUCCAGUCAGACGGCAUUCGAGUUUUCAAUGUUGGUGUAAAAUCAAAUAUCGGAGAAAUAUCCGAUAUCUGGACAAAUCCACCACUCUUUUAUAAGAAUGGACUGCAUGUUGAACUUCUGUGCAGUUACCGGAUGGGACUACUUGAAGAGGCGACACAACAAAAAUUUUACUAUUAUAGAAUUCCUAUCUUCUCUAAGAGGAAUCCGAUUGAACAACAUUUUGAGUUAGCGUUGCAAAGGUCUCCCCUUUGCAGGAAAGGGAUGUCGGUUUGUUAUCGCACCAAGGAUUCCAAAAUUGAAAUGUGGAAUCUUGAUGAGUUUUUGUUGCGCCUCGAGCAGAUAGUUGACGGGUGUAGCAAUGUGUCUGAGGCUCCAACUCAGUGGCCAAAGAGUUCACUGAAAGCUCCCUGGAGAGUAGCAUGGAAGGAUAAUGUGGUAACCUUUCACAGAAAUGUGUCUCUCUUUCAUUUGUUCCGGGGACAUCAGAACACCGAUGAAGAUGACAAAUUCGAUCGUGAUUUAGACGAUGGUUCUGAUAAAUUCUCUAGCGAUGACGAAAAUGACAGCUCAGAUUCAGACUUGGGUUACUAUUCGUAUGGAAAUGAGAACUCUGAUGUGGAGACAGCAUCUAAUUUCAGCUAUGACAACAGAGAGGAUAACCAAUAUUCUAGUUGGAAAGCAGCAACUGCAGGCACUCGUUUAGUGGGGGAAUCAAUUCCACCUCUAUGGGCUUUGUUCGAUAAAUACACUCGGGAUAUUAGAGGAUUUUCAUAUACUUUCCAUCCUCAGUUUCCUAUCGUGAUUUGGAGCUAUCCGGGAGUACGCGCUCUCGUCCCCAGUUCUGUUUGCGAUAUAGACGGCUGGCGGAUCGAGCGCCUACCAGGCGAUUUGAAAUCUGAGCAUGCAUAUAUCUUAUUUCGACAACUACGUUUCUCUACUUGUGGAAAAUACCUCUACUGUUUGGAUACGUCCUUCAGGCUGCGACAUGAACAUAGCUGCCAGUUGACCCUUUCGACGUAUUCUUUCGCCUAUGGCCGAGACCCCGCUAGUUGGUUGAAGAGUUGCGGCCUUGCUCAACAAGUUACAUACAGAAUCACGGAACGCCUUGAGACACACCCGCUGAAUGAGACACUCACCUAUUGGGGCGAGGAUGAAUUGGUUGUCUCACUCCCACCACUAACUUGUAGACCAAAACUCAUCAAGUUCAGUUUAUACAAGGAGUCAUCGUCAGUGGUGGAGGCGCUAGGCCAAGUAGAAGGUAGCGCAGUCAUGAAGACGGUGCAGGUCUUGCGAGAACCAAUAUAUUUCCCUUCCUUCUCAGGGAGAGACCCAAGAUUGAUGUACCAAGCCGGAUCAUCGAAGGAUCACGAGCUGUUCUUGUAUCUCACUACGAAACCAUGGCCGAUGAGACAACCACGAGAUGGCGAGACAUCAGCGGCUCCCCCGGCACCUGUAGUAAUUCGCUGGAAGAUUUCUCGAGAGGGUGGAUGGAGGAUCUGGGAUGCUGAUAUCGAUGGGAAGGAAGAGGACUUAAAUCAAGAGAUGGACCUCUGUCCCUAUCAGAAGUGGUCUGGAUUGGACUAG